UAAAUAUGAAUAUUCAAUAAGCGAGGAAUAAAAUUUAACAAUAAUUAGCAGAAUAUUUGAACGAAACAUCCUUAAAAACAAUUAGAGAAUACUAAGAAGCUAAGCAAAACAAGAGACAAUCUAAUUAAGUCAUUUAAAUAAAAAAAUAGACACCAGAAGUUUUUUAAUUACCAAAAUAAGAUGAAGUAGCAAUUAAUUUAAAUGACUUCAAAUUUGAACCAUAAUGUAGAUAAAAAAGUUGGUAAUCUCAAUUGAAAGAAGCAUAAUAAAAAUAAUAAUCAAUUUAUCAUCAAACUUAUGGUUAUUGCUUAGAAUAAUUUAAAUUUGAUUCAAUUUUGGAAAGACUAUAACUUUUAAGAAAAUCAUUAUUUAAAAAGAAACUACCUAAUGGAGAUAUUCAAAAGAUAGAAGAAUUCAUUCCAUUGUAUACUCUUAAAAGAAUGGCCAUGUAAUUACCUACAGAUGUUUCAGAUAUGAAUUCUAUUUUUUAAGAUCAUUUUGUAACAGAAGCAUUCUUGAAAGAAAUAAGAUAUUUUGUUAAAUAAGUAUUCAAUAAUUCUUUUUAUUUAGUAAAAUAUAGAUAAAAGUUUGAUUUUUUACCAUCCAAAAAUGUAUGAAUAAAAUGAUGAUUAAUUAGAACAAUUACUUGCUGAAUUUGUAGAAUUAGAUAAAUUAAGAUCAAAUGGUUUUGAAGACUCAGCACAAAUCCUUCAAUCCACUUAAUUAAAAUGCUGA